CGCGAGCACUCCGUGACUCCCCUUCAGUUCUCCGUUCAGCCUCCUGGAAUAACCUGGGCGCACGUUUUCAUUUAUUUUUUAAAAAUUGUUUCUCCAUUUGGAUUUACGCACGCGCGCGCAAUCACGAUGCGGUCUUGGUCGUUUCUUGCGCCGCUGCUGCUGCUGCUGCUGUCGGUGCCGCGCGCGCUCUCCGGCGGAGAGUACUGCCACGGCUGGCGGGACGCGGCGGGUGCACGACACCGCGGAUUCCGCUGCCCCGAGCGCUACGACGGCGAGGGCGCGCGCUACUGCUGCGGCUCGUGCUCGCUGCGCUACUGCUGCGCCGCGCCAGACGCGCGCCUCGAUCAGAGCACGUGCCCCGCCGAGUUCGACUUCUACACCGAGGGAGCGCGAGACGUCCCCCCGACCCUUCCCACUUAUCUGCCCUUCGUGAUCGUAGUGAGCGCCUUCCUGUCCUUCGUUGUACUCGGAGCGAUGAUCUCCGUGUGCUGCUGUCACUGUAUGAAGCCGAAGCCCAGCGACCGGCCCGGUCCCACCCAGACCAGUUUGCUGGAAUCCAGAGGUCCGUCGCUUAAAAGCUCCACGCCGUCGUGUACGUCCAACUCCGGGCUCCACCCGUCUCGUCCGAGUCCGUCAGAUCUCAGCGCGUACAGUGCGUUUCCACCAACAUUUGUUCCUCCGCUCCACCAGGGGGCGCCACAGUUUUACCAAAAUUAUCCUAAUUAUCCACUGCCUCCGGAGCACACCAUGCUGAUCGCGCCGGCGUUUCUGGACACACACGGGCACGGCCCACCUUUCCAUCAGGACCCCGUCUACCCCACUGUCACCGUCUGAUGAUGUCACAGGACUACAAACAAGUAGCAAGUACAAGCAUGAAAAGGCUAACUGAAAAAAAGCAGCAUGGUAAUGAAGGUGAAGAAGAAGAUCACAGCCAUCCCCGUCCCAUCUCCUAUCACAGGACUAAAAACAAUUAGUGUCAGGUUCCUGAAUGUUCCUGAAUUUUUGUGUGUUUGCACUCCAACAUAUUUUAGCAGUGAAAAUCAAAAACAUUUACGAACAUGGUGUAGAAAUCCUCUCAGAAAUCCUGUCACGUUAGCCAUCUAGCUAGCAUUAGCUGUAAAAGUAUUAAUACACCUCGAACACUCUCUCAGAAAAACGUCAGAAAUUAGCUGACGUUAACCAGAUAGCUAGCGGAAGCAAUCGAGAACCACGUGCAAUUCUGCAUACGUCUUUAAAUGUCUCUUUAAAUCCUUGUCAGAGUUGGCACGUGUUAGCUAGCCAGCGUAAGCGACGAACAUUACGAUCGUUUAUGAAUAAAUGAAUUCAUAAACAUUAUGAAAUAUUCAUAAUAUCUCAGAAACCAUGUCGUUAUUCCGUGUUCACUAGCUAGCUAGCAAUAUGCAGUGAAGCUUCUGUACAUUUACGAGUAUGAUUGAAAAAUCCUCUCAGAAAUCCUCCCAGAUUAGCUUAUGCUGGCUAGCUUGCUAGUGUUAGUAUCAAGGGGAAAGAAAUCCUGCCAUUAACUGCUGUUGACUAGUUGGGUAGAAUAAGCAGUUUCAGAUUAGCUCAUGUUUGUUAACUAGCUAGCAUUAGCAGUGAAGAUCGUGUGUGUUUAUGAAAACGAUGGGGAAAUCCUGUCAGGAAUCCUUUCAGAUCGUGUUAUGCUUGCUAGCUCGCUAGCAUAAUCCGUGAAGAUUGUGUCUGUUCCUGUGUAUGACUUCAAAACCCUGUCAGGUUAGCUCAUGCUAAUCUGCUCCUUCAUCCUCGUGUGUUUUGUGUAAUGUUGCUUCUUAUAGGAGUGAAUUCUGUUUCAAACAUUUCUGUAAAAUUAUAAUUGUUUUAAACUCGCUGAUUAGAGUUUGUUAUUUAAGCCAAAAAAAAAAAGAGAGAAGCAAUAAAGUCUUAUUUUUAAAAAAAUACUUGGAUGAGUGUGUGAUGAUUUACACGUACAGUGUGCACAGCGCUGAAGUAAAGUUAGCGACAUUCUCUAGCACUUUGUGGUUUUAGUGUGUGUGUGUGUGUGAAGCCACAGCAGGAGAUCUGAAAGACAAUAGACUGAAAUUGUCCUCACACCCCUGAGAUAGACGAAGCCCAGGUGGAGACGGUGUGUGUGUGUGUGUGUGUGUGUGUGUGUGUGUA